AUGGAAUGUAUAAUAAGGGAACUGGAAUUGUUAUUAUUGGAUCCUUGUAAUGAUUUAAAUGAUUCAAGAAUUGAUAAAAUCAAACAAACUUCAGAAAAUAAUGUAAUUGAUAAAGUAAAUAAGAUUAUUGACCUUAUAUUAUCUGUAAAAAAUGUAGAUUUAUAUUCGAGUUUAAUAUUAUUGGAGGAAUUAUUUGGAAAACCUGUUCUCAUAAAUUGUAAUAUAACUUUAUGGGAUAAAAGCAACUAUUUCAAUUAUAUAAAUGACAGUUUUACUAGUUUUCUGGAAAAUUCGAAUGAUUUUAUCGAUUUCCAACUUAACUCUUUCGUUUUACUAUGUACCAUAGUCUUGUGUAUUAAUGUAGUCGUCAGGGCUAAUUGGAUAGGCCCGAAAUUUUCUCUGCAAAAUAGCCAAAAAACUCUUUCAGACCACUUUCGACAUCAUAUUACUCAGCAAGAAAAUGGCAACACAUGUGCAAAUUCUGAUGGAUUCGGUGAAAAAACUUCAAUUUCGAGGCAAAACAUAGAGUUGAUAAAAAAUUUGGAUGUUAACAACAGUGAGAAAUGUUAUUUAUUAGGGAAAUUGUAUGAAGAUUUAUGUGGAAAGGUGGUUUUAAAAUCACCAGAACUCACAUUAACAGAUUCGGAUUUGGAUGAAAAGAGUAAAGAAUUCCUGAAACAAUUGUUAAAUGAAUUUGUAAUUGACGGUGAAACUGUUUAUGAGGGCACCUUAGCUCUACAAUAUCUCUACACUUCUAUCAUACUACUACAUUUAUUGGAUGAGUACAUCUAUAAAAAUGAAAAAGCUCACGGAAACAGUGUUAAUUCAUCAGCAAAAGAUACUUCUAAGGUGGACAUAUUGAAGAGUAAAGAGAUUUGGAGAAACAGAAUUGGAUAUAUUUAUCAAUUAAUAAUUGAGGAUUCCGGAUUAAUAUUAUGUCCAACUCUUUAUCAUUGUUCAAUUACUAACUUUUUACAUUUUCUUACACUAUCACAAGUGAUGGAUGAAGAGUUUAGUGUAUUUAAUAUUGAUGUAACUAACACCGAUGUGAGUUAUGUGAAGAAUGUGUUAAUGAGAAAUGUUGAUGUUGGAAUGGAAUUUGAUGAUUAUUUUAAGUCAUUGUUACUAAUUGAGCUAUUACAGAGAUUACCAAUUUAUAAUCUGAAUAGGCUCUAUGAACCUGUUUCACAAAAAUUAACUAAUUAUCUUAACUUCAGCUUCGAAUUCACUGGAAAACUUGGUAUUAGACGUAAAUUUCAAUCCUUUUCAAUACCACAGCUUGUUAUUUCCUACUCUAAGCCAUUUUCUACCCACUCAUCUACUGUGUCAAAUUCAUUACAAUCUAACAAAAGUGUGGAAAAUUCAGAAAUUGACAAAAGUUUGGGAAAUUCAGAAAUAAAUGGAAAGUUGGAAGACAAAAUAAGUGUUGGGUUGAAUGAGAUAAAUGAGGAGAAUGAUAUAUUUGAGACACCAAGAUUAGAUGAGGAUGAGAAUAGUGAAGAUUUGAAUGAUUUGGAGCAGCUAUUCUUACUUUCAAGGGGUUUGAACAUAAUAGCAACCACUUCACAACAUGACCAACUCUCACUACAAUUCCUAAACACGAUCUCAAGCACUAUUAUUCAACAGAGUAAGAAGAAGAGAUUGAUAAUGUUAAUGAGUUUAUGGUUGAGAUGUAAAACUGAAUAUAAUCGUACUAAAACCAUUGAAAGAGCUACAAUGCAGUUAAACAAUAUACUAAAGUCUUAUUAUGAUGACGGGAAUAGAAACGAGUACUUUUUCCAGAUUUCGUAUCCCGCAAUUUGGAACAUUAAACGUGAAAUCGGGAAGUAUAUGUUUAUGAUUGGAUCAAUAACAACGGCCUGUAAUAUGUAUAAGGAAUUACACAUGUGGGAAGAUGUUAUCAAAUGCCUAAUAUUAACACAACAGAAACAACAAGCCACUGAACUCAUUAAUGAAAGAAUAAAAAUCAUGGCAACACCUCUGUUAUAUUGUUUUCUAGCUGAUAUUUCAAAUGACAUACAACAUUAUCAUACUGCAUGGGAACUGAGUAAUGAGAGGUGUGGCAGAGCCGUAAGAUCAAUAGGCGUUAAGUAUUAUAAUGAUGGUGACUAUGAGAAGGCUUUGGAGUAUUUGGAGAAGUCGUUGCAGUUGAAUCCGAUGAAUGAGAGUGUCCAGUUUUUAGUUGGAUGCUGUUACUUGAAGAGUUUGAAAAUUGAAAGCGCAAUCACAGCAUUCUCACGUGUCGUUUCAAUUAAUCCUGACAACUCCGAUGCCUGGGCUAAUAUCUCUUCAGCACACUUUAAGAUGAAGAAUUACCAAAGUGCGAAGAUAGCGAUAACGCAGGCUUUAAAGAACAAUAACACACGCUGGCAGUUUUGGGAUAUUCUACUCAGAAUCUCAGCUAACUUAAACGAUGUCAAGUACACCUGCAACUGCAUACAAACACUCAUUAAUCUCGGAAUGAAGGAUAAGAUCGAGGUAUGGAUGGUGAAGUAUCUGGUUGAUUCAUCUGGUGAUGAGUUGAAUUCGUCAGUUGUUGAAGAGACUUUGAGGCUGAUUGUUAGUAAUAUAACAGAGAGUGCGGGUGUUUGGUCAGAGUACUCAAGGUACUUGAGUAGCAAGAAAGACUACGUCGGAGCACUGGAGUCAAAAUUUAAACAAUACCGCAAAGUUGAACAAAAUAUACAAAUAAACCUUAAUAACACUAAUGACCAGUUAAAUGGAUCUCAUGAGAAGUUUAACCCUUUGGAAUUGGAGCUGGUUGAAGUAUUGCGUUCAAUGGUAGAGUUGGUGAACAAAGUUGAUGAUGACGGUUAUAAGGAAAGGGUGCUUGACUCAUUAAAUGGGAUAAAACUGAGAAUUCUCAAGAGGGCUCCAGAAGAUAAUCAACUUCACGUUAACCAAAUCAAUGACUUAAUUAAUCUUCUAAAACAUUGA